AGUGGUCCCCUGGUGAUGGCAUCUGACAGUGACGUGAAGAUGCUGCUGAACUUUGUGAACCUGGCAUCCAGCGACAUCAAGGCGGCCCUGGACAAGUCUGCACCCUGCCGCCGCUCGGUGGACCACCGCAAGUACCUGCAGAAGCAGCUCAAACGCUUCUCCCAGAAGUAUUCCCGGCUCCCGCGGGGCCUCCCCGGCAGAGGGGCCGAGCCUCACCUGAAAAGGGGGUCCGAGGACCGGCCUGGGAGGCUGCCCCUUGAUUCUGGCCACAGUUCCAGCCCCAGCGGGGGUGGGUGCUGCAAGGAGAAGGCGUUGGGGAACCCCUACAGGGAGGAAUGUCUCUCUAAGGAGCAGACCCUACACGGGCCGGAUCCAGAAGCUGCCAGGCCUGGCCAGGUGCCCAUGAGGAAAAGACAGCUGCCCGCUUCCUUCUGGGAAGAGCCACGGCCCACCCACAGCUACCCCGUGGGGUUGGAGGGGGGACUGGGCCCCAGGGAGGGACCUCCCUAUGAGGGUAAGAAACACCGCAAGGGCUUGGAGCCCCUGGGGCCCGAGACAGCCCCAGUGCCCGCAUCCCCAAGGGCACCCGCUGAAAAGGAGCCACUCAAGAUGCCUGGGGUCUCCCUGGUGGGCCGUGUCAAUGCCUGGAGCUGCUGCCCCUUCCAGUACCAUGGACAGCCCGUCUACCCAGGCCCUCCGGGGGCCUUGCCUCAGAGCCCACUCCCCAGCCUGGGCCUCUGGCGGAAAAGCUCGGCUUCCCCCGGCGAGCUGGCCCACUUCUGCAAGGAUGUGGAAGGCCCCGGGCAGAAAGUGUACAGACCCGUGGUUCUGAAGCCUAUCCCCACCAAGCCGGCCAUGCCCCCGCCCAUCUUCAAUGUCUUUGGCUACCUCUAG